AUGAAAGUCCCGUGGCUUGCGUUGCUUUUCGUAGCUGCUCUGGGGCCUGUCCUCGGUCAGCUGAAUGUUAGACAGGUCGCGAGCAGCGCCAGCUCUUCCGAAAGUCUCCUUUCCUCUACUACAUCAUCCGUGUUCUCCGCUCCGACGUCCGUUCCGGCGCCGACUAUCAACAGUAGCGUGUAUGACCUUUCGCAGCAUUUUUGCCGCAUCUGGAGACAUGCAAGUGUCUUAGCCGAUGGAAAAGUUUACGUCGAUGGCGGCAACACGUACGUGCCGAAGAACAAUAACACAUUCUAUAACACAGAAGCCGGCCAAUAUGACGCGGGAAUGCAUACUCAACUCCUCGUCCUAGACCUCUCACAAAACUUCACAAACCAGGAAACCAGCCCGUACUCAUCCAUAUUCAAGAGCCCCGAUGUCCCCAACGGCCUCAUCGAACACGCGCUAUGGUACUCCCAAACCACCCGCAAGAUCUAUCAGCUCGGAGGGUGGUUCUCCUUCAACAGCCCCAACAACCCAUCCUUCAUUGCCGACCCGAAUAUACCCGAGCCGGCCAUCUGGGAAUUUGACGUCGACGGCGGGCGAUGGUCCAAGUCGAUCAACUUUGAUGUGGCAAAUAAUGGCGAGAUUGUUGACAGGCCUGGCGCUGCUGCCUUUUGCGACGCGCCGACGUUGAAUAGGAGUUACAUCUUUGAGGGAUACGUGCAGAGGAGAUCUAGUCCUGCGAACGCUGCGUAUACGGCUUCAGCUGACUUUCGGUUCCUCGAAGGCAUGCUCGAGCUUGAUACCGCAGAGCGCUCUCAGCCGAAGCUCACCAACAUUUCUGUCCCGACAUACGUCGGCCCGCGCAUGAACGGCGCAAUGGUUCACGUGCCCGUUGGCGAAAAGGGGAUCAUUGUCAAUAUUGGCGGCCAGACCACGCGAGACCCAACGCCUUUCGGUAUUCGCAUCGAGGGUGCCAACGCAGGAAACACAAACCUCUCCUUCGUAGACAUCUAUGACAUCGAAACAGGCUUCUGGUUCCGCCAAGAAACCUUUGGCCUCCCCGACAUACCAACAGGCCGCUCCGACAUCUGCACCGUCCUCGUCCCCGCCGCCGACAAAUCCUCCUGGAACAUCUACAUGAUCGCCGGCGUCGAGAACUACGCGACCUACAUCACCUCGGAAGAGAUCUGGGUCCUCACCCUCCCAACUUUCACCUGGAUCCUCGUCCACACCCGCGCCGACGGCAUGUACGGCCACACCUGCCACGCCGUCGGCGAGAACCUGCUCAUCGUGGGCGGCAUGCAGACCAAGAACGACGGGGGGAUGCAGAAUGUGAAUACCUGCGCCGAACACAUGCCCGUUGAGAUCUUUUCGCUCGCGAGCCAGAAUUAUACGGGCCGAUAUGAUACCGAAGCUGCGAAGCGUCUUGCGCCCGUGCCGUCGCAGGUUGUCGCUGCCGUGGGUGGAACGUCGUCGGGUGGUGCGAGUCAGAAGGCACCGAGAGCGUGGAGUGAUGUCUAUUUGCAGUACAUCUUUGAUCCGUCACUGAGGAGACCGGCGUAUACGCCAGAGUACACUCUCGUUGUAGAGCCCAGCAGCACGGUAUCGCCGUCUUCAUCUGCUUCAUCGACUACCCAGCCGGAUCCUGGUGGUCCAUCAAAGGGUGCUAUCGCAGGCGGCGUUGUAGGCGGUGUUGCUGCCAUUGCGCUGGUGGGGCUCGGUGCGUUCCUGUUUCUCCGGCGGAAGAAAAAAAGGAGGGCGCAUGAGGCGGCUGGCACAGAGGUGUCGCGACAGAGUGCCAUGUCGGAGCUGCCUGGCUAUACCCCCUACUCUUCUCCCGAACCGAAGCCUGGCUUCCUCGACUCGCCGACGUCGCCUGGUCACCAACGCGACGUACAUGCCCAUGCUGCGGAGCUCGAGGUUCCAGCUAGUGCGAGCGAGAUGCCGAGUAGUCCGCGGUAUGGCGGCUCGUCGGUCGAGAUGGGAAGCGAUGCCACGGCUAGCCCAAGAGUUGGCGAUAUUAGCCCGCGGGUUGGUGAAGUGAGCCCGAGGGUCGGCGAUGUCAGCCCGAGGGUUCCUGGUGAUGUUAGCCCCACGCUUGGGGAUGAGGGAUUAGGGUAUCAUGCUGGGCGGUAG